AUAAAAGUAUUUUUAUUGAGAAUUCUCAAGUUUUAUCAAAUAAAAAGGACGUAAUAUUAUAAAAAAAGUUUAAUUUCCAUAUAACAUUUUAUGUUGUUUUAUUUAAUGUUGAAGUCAGGCUUUGAAAUGUUUUCUUUCUAUGCAUGACAAAUGUACAAAUAAAUCGAAACAAUACAAUAAGUGAUUCGUACAGAUAUUAUGUAAACUGUAACGACUUCAAUUGCAAUAAAAUGUUACAGUUACAUGGCUAAGGCACAUUCUAAGACCUCGAUUGAAAGUGAAAGUGCUCACGCGUAAUUUUUAACAAGGGCUUAUCCGGUCUCUAUUGAUAUAGUCAACUUGAAAUUUAUUAAAUAUUGUUAUUUUUAAAAGUUCCUAAAUUUAUCAUGGAGGACCAUGGUCAUAUGGAUCAUUCAAAUCAUGAGGCAGCACACAUGUCUCAAAAUAUGGAUCAUAGCAUGAUGCAUGUAGAUCAUCAAAUGAGCAUGAAUGGCACAAACUUUUUGGAGGAAAUUAAUGAUAUGUUUAAUUCAAGCAAAGAUCUUCCCAAUGAAGGAGCAGAUGUAUUACUUCACAAACACCACUCGAGGCCCUUACAUGAUAUGCAUAUGAUGUCAAUGACUUUUCAUGGAGGUUAUAUGGAGACAAUACUUUUUUCAUGGUGGAAAGUAACAGAUGUUGGGGAAUUUGUUGGAUCAUUUUUAGCAAUAUUUAUUUUAGCUCUUCUUUAUGAGGGAUUAAAAUACUACAGAAAGCAUUUGCUUUGGAAGACUUAUACAGGGCUUCAAUACUGUGCGGUGUCCCCACCUGAUAAAGGUGUCGCCAACAUAUGUGCUGAUGAGCCUCAAGUAAUACAACCUAUGCCUCAUGCUCUUGACAGAAAUAUCCCAACAAUGCUGAGUGUGGAACAUGCUUGGCAGACUGUACUUCAUGGUGUACAAGUUUUAGUGAGCUACAUGUUAAUGCUAGUUUUUAUGACAUAUAAUACAUGGCUUUGUGCUGCGGUAGUACUCGGAUCUGCAACUGGUUACUUCCUCUUUGGUUGGCGGGAGUCAGUGGUAGUAGAUUUUACUGAACAUUGUCACUGACAUAGGCUUCAUAGAUGCAUACCAGCAUAGUAUUAAUUUAGCUUAUUUUAUAUCCUUGCCAAUAGAAAGGAAUUAAAAAAUGGUAAUAUUUAUAUAUAUAUCAUGGUGUUAAAAAUAAUUAUCAUGUUAUAUUAAGACGACACUGGGUAGUAAAAUAUUUA